AUGGACGACAAGUCAUCAACCGAUCCUCUCGGUGCUCCUGUCGACCAGGAGCCUUCCCCGAUGACAAUGGCCGCCAAUGACCCGCCGCGACGACGACGAGAACGACAAGAACAGCAGCCCGCUGCUGCUGUUGCUGCCGACGCUGCCGCCACCGGUGUCUCGACAGAGCCAGCACACCCUACACCCCGGACCGACAAGGCCUCGCUUCCGUCCACCGGCCCCGACGUCACAGCACGCACACCGAGAAACCCCAGCAGGGAGCCAUCCCCGGGACGCAACUCGCGCCGCGCAGCCUCGAUCAGUCGUCUCAGCAGCGCUAGCUCGCUCGGAUCCAGAAGGGCCAGCCAGCAGCAGGACAUCAGUCCCACCCGCCAACCUAUGCGCCAAGGAGUUAUGCCUCCCCGCAAGUUCUCCGCCAGGAGUCUUUCAGCUGCCACGAUCCCCUCCCUCCCUCCCAAGAACCAAGAGACGACACAGAUACAGUCACCUAUGCCCCGGAAACCCAUCGCCUCUGACUUGAGGGAGGACCCUCGGUGGCCUGUUUCCCCUCGUUUGAAGUCGCCGCCACCCCACCCCAACAACAACAACAACAACAGCAGCAGCAGCAGCAGCAGCAGCAACAGCAACAGCAACAUCAGCAAUGACACCGCCACGUCAGGUAACAACGGCAACAACAACGCUUCGACCCCGUCCGCCAUACGUCAGCAGGAACCGUCACCCAUCAACGUCCCCAGAUCUAGCCCAUCUCCCCUGCUCACAUCGGACUCCCAGAACACCACAUCAGGGAGUGAUACCGAGGACUCACAGACCCAGUCAGGCCUCAGGACGCCAGCCCGGGCCUCCCUCGAGACGGUGCAGGAGGUCAGCCUUCCCAGCUCACCCAGUGUUGCCGGCGACGCUGUCAUCGCCCGCAUGGAUGAGAGGCUUGCGCAUGAAUCCGACAGCGUGUUCAGCGAGGAGCAGACCCCCCGGGCUAGGCCGAGCAUGUCCAUCGUCUACGGAAGCCAAGACAGGGACAGCGGAAGUGAUACCGGCAGCUACAGACCUGACCCGAUUCGCCGGCCCACAUCGGUACCUCCCCCGCCCAUGGUUCAGCGCCAGUCCGGUUCCGUAUCCAAGGCUCCUAAUCCGUCUCAGAACAUGACGGUCGAGACGGAGACGGUCGCGAGCAUCCCCCAGGUGGCCCUUACCGUCACCAAGAACGAGGCCCUCAGCAACUUGCUGAAGACGAAGCCGAGCACGGAGACUAUCAAGCCUCGGAAGGAGAAGAAGAGGACGUCGCGGAAACAGUCCACCGUCGGCACUGGAAAUGCCUCCUCCAAAUCCGACAUCUUCGAGGCCAAGGUUGCCAUUGCCAUCGACGAGGCCAACACGUCUGACUCUGACGAGACCUUUGUCUACGACUCCAACCCCCCAGACGGCAAGGACCGCUCAUCACGACGAUUUCACUCGCGGACCCCGAGCGCCACAUCCAUGGUCAGCCAAGCUGACCGCCAGAAUCUGCGAUCCAUCUACGGCAUCAUGGAGGCCGGGCCAGCUCACGCGCCCAAGAAGGGCAUGAAGUUUGUCAACUCGGUCAAUGCUGGGAGUGGAGGCGAGAGUCUGAACCUCGACGACGACGGCAAGGGGACCGGUCGAAGCAUGGGUGGCUCAGGCAGAGGCACGGCCCGCCACCAUCACCACAUCGGCCGGUGGGGCCGCCAGCCCGGCAACGGUCACCCCUCGCUCUUUGACAACGAGUCCCCCUUUGCGGGAUCGACCAAGCCCAAGGUCAACGGGCAGUCGCGGAACUCGUCGGGCCCGUCGUCGAGCCCUAGGAACCACCACCACCACCGCCACCACCACUCGGGCCUGAACCACAAGCGUUCCAACUACCAGCUGUCCAGCUACGAUGCCGACGAUACGGGCGGCGGUGCCGACGACGAGCGCACCCCUCUCAUGGGCUCGAUGAACAAUAGGACUGUUCGCGCCCGCCGUGGCCCCCACAGCCUCCGGCAGGCCGAAUCGCAGUCAUUUGAGCGCCGGCCCUCUUACCUGACGAGGUUUGCGGCCUGUCUCGUCCUGACCAUGAUGUUCCUGCUCGUCAUCACGGGAGCAAUCGGCCUCAUGUUUGCCACUUCGCAGCCCAUGAGCAACAUUGACAUCGUCUCUAUCGGCAAUGUCGUCACCAGUGAGCAGGUUCUCAUGUUUGACCUGACGGUCAGAGCGCACAAUCCCAACAUUGUCGUCGUUACCGUGGACCAUGCCAACCUCGAGAUCUUUGCCAAGUCAGAGCAUGCGGGCACAGACUCUGAAUGGUGGAAGAUGCCUCGGGGGCCCGACGAGAUGCAUACCCUCGACGACCCCAUCAACGACCCGCCGCUGGACGAUGACGACGGUCACGGUGGCCGCGGUGGCCACCACGAGCACGACGGCGAUGACGAGCAGUCGAGACCCAAUGUGCUGCUCGGGCGCGUCACGCAGUUUGACAGUCCCCUCACCUUCGAAGGAUCCCUCUUUCACAAGGGAUACUCGACGUCGACCGGUCAGAUGCAGCUACCCUACCCCGGAAACAGCACGUCCGGCGGGUCGGAGCGGUGGGAGCGCAUCUACCAGGACGAAUUUGACCUCAUCGUCAAGGGUGUGGUCAAGUACACCCUUCCUCUGAGUGCUCGCAUCCGCAGCGCAACAGUCGCCGGUCGUGCCCACGUCGACCCCAACUCGGCCAACGACCCGACGUUGCAGCCGAAUGGGACGGCUGAAGUCCUCACCCAAGACGCAUGA